CUUGGGCUUGGGCCUGGGGAGCAUGAGAGUGCGUGACUCGUCAAAUUUCAGAAAUCCGGGCCCAGAUCCAUUUUGAGCUAAGUUGGCUCAAAGAGUUUUCGUGGAAGGGAAGAGUUGAGCGUUGAGAGUCGGUGACCCGAUCGGCGAUCACAGGUGAGACCACCACUGAGCUGACGGCGGCAGAAAGCCACUCCGAUCCGAUCCCUUUCUCGCUCCAAUGGUGCGCAAGCGUUACCAAGAAGCCAAGUCAGGCAUCGAGUAUCUGAAAUCGCUGAACUACAACAAGUACCUGAGCAGAGUGGGGAUCGGAAGGGACGACUGGCACUUCUGGAAGCAGAUAGGCAAGGCCCUGGCCUGCACUUACACCAUCUUCGGCCUGGCGUGGCUCUACAACGAGACCUCUCCGCUGGGUUGGUGGACGCUGAAGCCGAGACCCAAGGAAGAGAGGGAGCUGGCGCAUCUGUACGAGCGGCGGGAGUUUCCUUACCCUGGCGACACCGAAGCCAUGGAAGAGUUCGUCGCCAAGGGCGGGAUGAUCGGCACCACCAUCGGCCCCAAGGGCGUGGUGGAGACGACGGACAAGGAUUCGUACAAUUACCAGAAGGACCUGCAGAGCAAGAAGUUCGAUCAGGAGGCCGGGAAGCUGUGGAUCAGGAUGAGGAAUGAAGUCAUUCAGGAGCUGCAAGAGAAAGGUUUCGAGUGAAUCGUCAUAAUACCCAUGAUCACAAACAUCCCUUUUUUCAUUUCCCUUAGAAAGAUCUAAGGCACACUGUUCCUAUGAGAUGGAAUUCUGCAAAUCCUUACUCCAUGUUCAUGUAGAAUUUGGAUCAAGUAACUGUUCAUGUUGAACUGUUAAACAGUAGUGCUUGGACCAUUGUCGUCAGUAUGUCUUUUUAGGUUCGAUGAAGAGAGAAUCCACACAAAAGUGACAAAAAUGGGGACGAAAAA